GUGUAUCUAUACACAGCUGCGGUGGGCGUCUCCCUGUGGUUCAUGAACUUUGCCUUCUUCAAAGCCACUCUGAAGCUUGCUGUGCUCAGUACUUCCGCAGUGGCACGAAAGCGACGCCCUGGGCCAAACCACGACGCGUGGGAGGGAUGCGCAUCUUCUUCGGCCCUUAUCCGUUGAGCCAUAUAUUCUGGGAGCUAGGCAAGGACUGGCACUUUCUUCGCUGCCUGGAGCCCUUACCGCGGCUUCCAGCAGAGUACGACAAUGGAGGCUACCCUGGUAGCGGCGGGACACCAUCUGGGCCAGACGAAACGGCAGGCUUCCUCCAGCUCGUUCUCGGCCUCAUGAACAGCUUUCUGGGUGCUUUGGGACUUUUCUUCUUCGGUGUGAAUCUCUACAAUCUGCUGAUGAACAUUCAGAAUUGUCCAACCGGCGUCGUACUGGCUCCGUGCAUCCAGCAAGGUCACUGUGCAGGAGUUGCAAGGGCUCCAUGGUUCGCGCACUACAUCGUUUCCAACAAGUCACUCGGAUUUCAACUCCUGGGUGACACCUGA